AUGAUAAGGAAAGGCUUUCAGGUAGCAGCAAGACUCGGCUACCACAGAGUCCUUCCUGGUACCCCCCGCAUCCUGCCCAGACUCAACACUGCUGCAGCAUUUGGAUCCUCCACGGAGUCCCUGGUCUCAAGAUUCUGUCAAGAGAAGACAAAUUUGAAGGAUUAUGCCCUUCCCAAUGCCAGCUGGUGUCCAGACAUGCUGAGCCUGUACCAGGAAUUUGUGGAGAAGACCAAGGCUGAUGGCUGGAUCAAACUGCCCUCCUUCAAGUCCAACAGAGACCACAUCCAGGGGCUCAAGCUGCCAUCUGGGUUAGCAGUUUCCUCAGACAAAAGUGACUGGCGCAUCUUCACCAGAUGCAUCCAAGUGGAAGGACAAGGCUACGAAUAUGUCAUCUUUUUCCACCCAUCCAAGAAGAACUCUGUCUGUCUUUUCCAACCAGGCCCCUACCUGGAAGGGCCACCAGGGUUUGCCCAUGGAGGGUCCCUGGCAGCCAUGAUGGACGAGACCUUUUCUAAAACUGCCUACCUGGCUGGAGAGGGGCUAUUGACAUUAAGCCUCAACAUCAGGUUCAAAAACUUGAUCCCUGUGGGCUCUCUGGCUGUGCUGAACGUUGACGUGGAAAAGAUUGAGGACCAGAAGCUUUACAUGUCCUGCAUCACCCUGAGCAGGGACCAGCAGACAGUCUAUGCCAAGUCCUCAGGUGUUUUCCUGCAGCUGCAGCUGGAAGAGGAGUCGUCACAGUAACAGUCACUAUGCCUUCAGGAGGGCCUACUGCUGCCUGCCUGCCUGCCUGGGACCCACCACAGAGCAGGGAGGGGUCCCCAUGGAAGUGACUGGUGAAGUGAGGGA